GUGAUUGCCUCUGACGUCUCCGUCGACGAGCCCGACGACGACCAAUGUGUCCUGCCUCUCUCUCGCUGACCCCACCAUGCCCACAGCUGCAGAGACCACCACCCCACCACCGCUCGCCGACUUCCUGAACACCCUCCCGUCGCCGCUCACCACAGCCCUUGUCGGACUCGGCCCGUGCAUCUCGCGAACUCGCCGAGUUGCUCAAGUUCUUAGCUGGAAAGCAUCAUGGGAGGAGAGUUGGCUGGCACUAGCUGUCUGGUGGGCAGCAUGUUUGUGUGUGGACGCGGGGCUCAGGUAUCUGCUCCCGACAAUCAUCGUGGCUAGCAUUGCAGUAGUGCGAUGGAGGUAUCCGGCGCCCUCGACCGCUGCUCUCGUGACGGAGGACACGCUCCAGCAGACCAUAUCUGACCUCUCAACGCUGCUCGCACUUCUCCCACCGCUGCCUCCCGUACAUGAUGCCCCGCCACUCUUCAUCCUCAUGCGUGUCUCCGCCAUUAUGUACGUUCCAUAUCUCAUCCUCACCUAUUUUGUGCGCCUCCGUAUCAUUCUUGCGCUCGCCGGCACCUUAAUCUUUACCUGGCGCGCCCGCUGGGCCGCCCUCAUCCGCCGGGCCCUCUGGCGCAGUGCACACAUCCGCUGGGCCACAUAUCGCGCCUGGUCCGCUCUCUCCGGACUUCCCCUCCCCGCCCGCGCGCUCACCCGCGUCUCCGCAUCAUCUGGCGCCACUGCCACACACGACCUACCCACACCCGCAAACGAGCUCCGCUUCCUCUUUUCCGUCUAUGAGAACCAGCGCUGGUGGAUGGGACUCGACUGGACCGCCGCGCUGCUCCCGGGCGAGCGCCCUGCGUGGUGCGUGCCGAACCUGUCUCCCGCGUCCCCGCCCGCGGGGUUCGCGCUGCCCGCCCCGACGACCGUGUAUCUCCCCGCGCCAGAAGGGCGCGGUCGCGUGAAGCGCACAGCGCGCUGGCGAUGGGCGGAGCCCGAAUGGCGCGUGGCCGUACACCGCGAGGGCGAGGCUGCGUCGCGCGUCGAGCGGCCGCUCCCGCGUGAGGACGCGGCGGGGGUCGGGGGGAGCGCGAGCCGCGUGUUGAAGGCGGCGGGGAAGAUGCGCGAGGGGAGUAUUAGCAUCGGUGGGGGCGGGAGCCCAGAGCGGCACGCGCGCGAGCGCGAGGUGAAGGAGGGUGAAGAGGGUGAAGAGGACGACGCUGAGAUGUUCACGGACGCUGAUGGGUGGAUGUAUGCGGACAAUAAGUGGGAGGGCGCGAGUGCGAAGGGCGGAAUGGGCAAGUACACGCGAUUCCGCCGGUGGACGCGCAUCGCCAUGCUGAGUGAAACAGUGGAGCUGGUAGGUCCAGGGGAGGUUGGCAUUCAGAAGGACGGAGAGAAGCUGCCAAGUGACCCUACGUCGCCAACGAAUGCUGUCUCUCCCGUGAAGGUGGAAGUGCCGCCCGAUUGGCAGCCCGCGCAAGGGCGUCCUGAUGGGCUAGACAAGGUGCCUAAGGGCACGGGUGAGGCAACCGCGCAAGGAGAGGAGGAUGGGCUCAAGCGGAGACUGAAAGCGGUCGUGCAGAAUGCAACAUCUUGACCGUAUAAUCUUGUCUGUGAAUUGUAUCAAAUGAAUCUUCUCUCCUGUUGUAAUGGCUUCCCACAUCCAUGUUAUCGUACAUCAUAUCUUAGUCGAAGUGUUGUCUGAUUUCAAUGGAAUGGUCCCAAGGAGCUUGAGCUCUCUUUGGGCGUCCCGCG